AAUAUGAUAUGCAUUUGAUUCAGACCAAUCGAUUGCGAGUUAAAGUAGAAAUAAAAAAUUUCAUUCAAGCAUAAUUCCCUCAUUGCCCUCUUAGAAGUGUUGAAAAGUACUAACAUGCAAGCUAUAGAACUUAGUUACGAAUAAGGGAAAUCAUAAGUGCUAAAAUGUAAAAUAACCAAAGAGAUAAGGUUAUGCCGACAUGCUCUCUCUGCUCCUGUGCCGCACACCAUUUAGAUAGCAUUGGCUCGCCGCAGAGACGUCGCCGGCUCGCCACCCUGAGCUACAGAGGUGGCGAGAGCAGCGAAGGGGCCGAGCGCUGUCGUAUGUCGUGCGGCGGCCACACCGCAGGUACCCACUCACGGCAACUACGCGCACGCACGCACCGGCCACCGUCGCGCCGCGAGAUUCGCCUGGCUGUGCACUGCCGCAACCACACGUGAGUUCUUCCAACGCGCACCGCCCACAGUCGACCUGCGAGCCACACAUGCACCGCCGUGAAGUGCUGCUUGAUCCCCUCCAUGGACUCGUGCUCGCCAUCGCAGUCCGUCGCCCUGGCCACGAAGAGGGCCAAGAUCCAUGGAGCUGCUCGUGGGGUGAGCAUAUCGUCCUCGUGCUCCUCAAUUCUGCUGGGGUAUCCUUUGGGCUGGGUGGCAGAGAUGGCGAAUUCCUCCUCGGGUGUCUCAGGGUGGUACACCUCCUAUAUUUUGAGAAAUAAAACUUAUGGUUAUAUGAUAUCAUCUAAGGUGAAACGUUGAAAGGGCUCUUGGAUUGUAUGCCUCGCUCAGGUUGGUGCGGUCUUAUAUUUCAAGAAAUAAAAUCUUGUGGUUAUAUGCUAUCAGUUAAUGUGAACCCGUGAAAGGCCGCUUGAAUUGUAUGCCUCGCUCAGCUUGUUUGUGAGACGACUCAAAGUUUGGUUUGCAAAAAAAGAAGAAGAUAAAAGUGUCACGCCUCUGUUUGGUUUGCAACCUGCAAGGCCACAACUUCGGUCCAUUGUUACUUGUUUUGGGCGAGCCAAACUUUUUGGUCUCCAUCAAAGCACCAGACAAAUCUCAAAGAUAGCCAAAUUUGCUGGAUGUAAACAACUAUGCUGGCAGCUCAUAAUGGCAUUUCAGUAGUCCUAUGUACGACAGUUCUUAUCUCCUCCGGGCAAUGGAAAGGUAGCCCAAUCCUGGAAACAGUGCCACUAGUUAGGCAACAUGGUCCGGAUGACAAUUGCUCGAGCUGCCAAUUCGAGGAGAAUGCUUCACUCAAACCAAUAGGUAAAACUGCAUAACUUGGGACUCCAGCGAGGUAAAAUGUGUAGGAAAAUCUUUUGGGACAAUCGCCUCAUUCCACUGUAUGACAUAUCGACAACAAUUUGAGCAGUUCCAUCUUUUUCAAAAAAAGGGUACUUUAUAUUACUUAAAAAAUUUAAGCAUUACAUCCGGCUUCUGCACAAUUAAGAUGCACACUGUCAAAUAAGGUCCUCACACAUAAAUAAAAAUUAAAAAAUAAAAUAGCGAAAUACAAAGAGACAUGUAGAGUCCGUAUAACGCCUAUAGCGUAGGGGGCAAUUCUAAGAUCAUGUUGCUACCUAUGUUGGGUAAAAAUAUCCCUCAUUGUAGCCUUCAAUUGUGUACACACCUCCGUAAACAGGUCUCGACUCUCUACGCGUUGUAGGGAGGACCAUAAACGAAGAGUCCUAGUACAUAUGUCGAUAACCUGCAUCGGAGAAGUACUUUUAUCAUUAAAAAUCUUAUUAUUUUAUAUAGUCAAAGCGACCAAAUAAUGACAAUCACUCCCAUCUUGAGCAAUUCUAUCUACAAUAACCAAAACGAAAUACAAUCAUAAGAAGCAUAGAGCAGUACGAAAUUCAUGGGGCAGGUAGGGGAAGAUAUCAGGUGAUACCAUGUGUUAGGUGAUACCAUGAUACGGGUUUCUGGGAGCCGUCGGAUCUUAGAUCCGACGGCUCCCGGGAGUUCUUGAGCAUUUUGCAAAAAAGUCAUCCAGAAGUCUUAAAAUCUCGCGUAGGUACAAUAGACUCCCGGGAACCGUCGAAUCUGAGAUCCAACGGCCCAGAAGCCCGUAUCACGUUAUCACCUAAGUGUUGGUAGCACCUGAUAUUUUCCCGGGCAGGUAGGUGCAGGGAACGCAUGCAUACGAUCACCUAUUUGCUUUAAGAUUGAUGAAAUAGUUUAUGCCACUAAUCCUUAGUACCGCAUUGGGGGUCCAUGCAUGCCAGGUUUUGGUAGAGUUGCAUGCCUCAUCCACCCCACCUCAUAUGUUUUUUUUUCAUUUUAUCUUCAAAUUUGAAUUUAUUGUAUCCUUUGAACCGAAAGUCUGAAUAAGUUUCGUUUGCAUAUUCGUGUUCGUUGCAAUGAGUAUUUUCAAACAAGGUCGAUUUAGAAUAUAUUUUUCAUAACUUUUUCAGUUUUACCAAGUGUCAAAUAUUAAAAGUUGAUAGUUAGAAUAUUACGUAUUACCAAGUUUUAACAAGAUCAUUUUUCAUGGUUUAGGUUUAAGGUUUAGGACUUAUGUUGCAGCCAAGCCUUGUUCACAUCAGUGAAGUUGAUGCAUAUCCCCUUGUUGUCCUUGGCCUUGGGCACCACAACAGGGUUAGCCAACCACGUGGGGUGAAGUGUCGUGGAUCUAAGACUGACAGUAGAAUGGGGGGUAGGUAUGAGGAGGCAAGAUCUUAGCUAUGGAGCAGUUGUACACACGAGUUUUACGAGUUCAGGCCCUUCUCGGAAGAAGUAACAGCCCUACGUCUCGGUGCCCUGAGGCGGUCGACUGGAUUAUAUGUGUGUGUGAGUUUACAAAAGAUGCGAACCCUUGUGCCUAUGGAGGGGAGUUGCUUAUAUAGAGUGCGCCAGGACCCCAGCCAGCCCACGUUACAAAGGGUUUAAGGUACAUUAAAAGGGAGGCGUUACUGGUAAUGCUAGUAAAUAAAGAGACAUAAUGGCCAUUAAAGCUAUGAGGUGAUGUCCGACCGUUGUGGUCUGGAGCGACUUUAGACCUUCUGGUGGUCGAGUGACUUCAAAUCUUCCGAGUGGAAGUCCUCAUGGUCGAGUGGAUGAUGACUCCUUUUCAAAUGCUUCUGGUUUUAAGGUGACGUCCUAGGGGAACGUGUCUAGGUCAGGCCUAUGACCCUACCCUAGGUACAUAUCUUCAUAAUUAGCCCCCGAAUGGUUCAGGGUUCGAGUGGAGAAGGAGUUGAUAACCUCUUCGAUUCAGCUUUUGCGCUUCGGAAAUGUCUUGUCAAGAGGUCGAAUGAACAUCCAUGAUGACUUCAACUGCUUGUUCAGUCGCCUUGAUCCAUUCUUGGUUUUGUCAAGUGAACUUUCAUUGUUAAGCUUCGAGUGUCGAUGUGGAAAAAAUCCUCCGUCUGACGGGUUGUUCUGCUGUCUGCGGAUUUCGCGGGAUUCGAAUUGUGGGAAGCGCGCCAGGCGGAGGAGGCCACAGUAACCGGACGGAUUAGGAAGGCCGCCUUGGUCACCGCGCCACCUUUUUCACCAUGUAUCGCGUGCGUGACUGUUGCGGGAUUUGAUCGGAUCGCUUGGGCCCACGAGUCAGCCACUCGGAAAUGACUUCAUAUAAGGCAUCGGGCGGGGGUUUUCGCACAGUGCGUUCCCAUUCUUCCCCUUCCUCCUCUGUUUUCUCCACCGCAGCUGCCUCCGUUCUCGGCGUCGUCGCUCCGUUCGAACUCGAUCUGCUGUCAUGGGGAAGGAGAAGAUGGUGGCGUUGGAGCGUGCGAAGAAGGCGACGGCGAAGGCGAAGGGGAAGAAGUCCGGCCGGGGUGGAUCUUCUUCGAGGGUCGGCCUGCUACCGGGAUGGAUCCAGGGCGACUAGAUUCGCUCGAUGAUCCGCCAGGACGACAUCGACGACAUGGUCGAGGGGGGAUUGAUUCCCCAUGAAUCGGCGCGACUCCCGGGGAACGAGACCGAGCCGCAGCCACAGGAGGGUGAGCGCGUCCUCCUCGCUACUCACGUCGACCGCGGGUUUUCCUUGCCUACCCACCCUUUCUUUCGAGGUUUCUUGAACUUCUUCGGGGCGCAACUCCACCACCUCACCCCGAACACCAUCGUGUAUCUUGCUGCUUUUGUGUCCAUGUGCGAGAGCUUCCUGGGCUGUAGGCCACACUGGGGGCUCUUCAAGCACAUAUUCACCUGCCGUUCUCAGUCGGUCAAGAAGGCCAACCCGAGUGACGAGAGAACGCAAGUGAUUCAGAUGUGCGGGGGUCUUGGGAUCCAAAUGAGGAGUAAGAGUACUUUCCCAGCCAUGAUCCUUCCCGAAUCGGUUCGAGGGUGGCAGUCGACCUAGUUCUACUGCAAGGACCAGCCGACUCCAGGUCAGUCGACUGGACUUCCCCCUUUUCCAUGGCCCGAGUGGAGAAGCCCUCUGCUUUGAAAGUGAUCCUAGAGGAGAAGGUGCAAGUGAAGGUGCUGGUCGAGCGAGUAGUUCAACUUGUUCGUGAUGGGGUAACCGGUAUGGAUCUGUUGGAGGUUUUCCUCAGGCGACGCAUCCAAUCACUUCAAGCCCAUGACCAUCCGAUGUGGAUGUAUUCGGGCAUCGACGACACCACUCGGAUCCAUCCAGAGGAGGUCGAUGAUGCUACGCUGGAAGGGUGGCUGAAGAGUAUCACUAGCAACAAAGACAACCCCAGGGGAUCCCAGAGGAUUCCUCCACUCAACAACUCAUACGAGACUGACAAGGUAUGACUCCACAUAGUUGAGUGCUUUCUUGAUUUAUCAAGUUGUUGUCUACUGUCACCAGAAUGUCUCUUGUCUUGUUUGUUGUCUUCUAGGCCCUGACUGAGAUGUACUCGAUGCCCAACGGGGAUCAGGAGCAGGACCUAGAGGGAGAAGCGAGUGGAGGUGAGAGCGGCGAGUGGCGCUCUGACGACGAGGAGGAUGAGGAGAGCGACGACCUGAGUGAUGAAGAAGAGGUCGAUUCUCCUCCUUGUAGGGAAAAACGAUCCAAGCUUUCUCACGAUCUAGCAAGUGCCAGCGGCAAGGCGACCGCGCAGACUGGGCAGUCAUCGAAGCGCCCUCGAACGUCUUCUCCAGCAUCGACUGAAAAGGCGUCGAAGCAACCGAAAGCUACGCCGUCCAAACCGCCAAAGGCCUUGCCGAAGAUCAAAGUGGCCAUCCCCAUUACUUCCGGUGCCGCUACCUUUGGGACUUCCACUCGCCAGUAUGAAGAUGAGGACAUGGAAGAUGCGGUCACCUCCAACCUAGCCCCUCCCAAUGUCAUUGAGCUUCCGGAUGAUGACGAGGACGUGCCGCUGAGGCCCAGGAAGAGCAAGAAAACAACAGCUGGCAGGAUAUCUCGGUCGGAACCGGCAACAGAACCAACAGUCCAACGGCCCGAAGAUGCAAGUAGAGCCUCUGUAACCUUUGUUGUCCCAGUGUCGAGUGAUCACCCCGCACCGUCGACUGUACCGGUGUUUUCUUCAGCCAUCCAACCUCAUGCCUUGGAGCCCCAAGCUGCUGUGUCUGGACCGUCUGUCCCCUUCUUCACCACCUAUCAUGUUCCGGAAAGUCAGUCGGAUGCCGCCGCGGAGGCUAUCCGUCAGGCUGGCGUAAUGAUGGAGCGGAUGAAGGCGGUGCACGAUAAUAGUCAGGCUGCUUACGACGCCAGCGUGGCUCUUCGAGCCAAUGUCUAGGUAAGUUGACUUGUAACUGAACUUGACUUCCGACUGAACUUGUCUUGCUAGGAUAUGCUACCUGAAUAUUUUCCUUCGCACAAUCUCUUAUUGUCUGCUUCGAAUCUGUACACCCAAUGGGUGUUUUGUCCUCUUUAUUAUUUGCACUCUUCCACUCGGUCUGGUCGAAUGGGAUUUGAACCAGUGGGGGCAUGCUAAGUGCACCCACUUGGUGUAGUCCCCGAGACCGCAGUCGACUGCUGGCAGUCAGCUGGAGUCUGAGCACUUUUCAUCACUUUUCUUUUAUUUUGUGCACUCGAUCUAGGCGGGUCAGACGAGUGAAAUCCAAACCAGUGGGAGCACGCCAAGUGCACCCACUGGGUGUAGUCCCCGAGACCGCAGUCGACUGCUGGCAGUCGGCUGGGGUUUGAGCACUCUUUUUUUUGGUAUUCGGUCUGGGCGGACCAGCCGAAUGGAAUCCAAACCAGUGGGGGCACGUCAAGUGCACCCACUGGGUGUAGUCCCCGAGACCGCAGUUGACUGCUGGCAGUCGGUUGGGGUCUGAGUAGUCUUGAAGCUUUAA